AUGGGGAAUUCGUUAAACAGGAUUACUCUCUCCGACGCGAGCCUGCGUUUGGCCGCUGAUGAGUUGUGGUCAGCCACCAAAUCCCAUGACCAUCAAGCUGUAGAUCAACUGCUUCAAAACGGAGCUGACCCUUUAGUACCUGGCCAGAGCGGUGAAUCGGCCUUUGAACUAUCGGUUUACAGUUCGGAAGAUGGUUGCGAUGGGAAAGAAACCUUUCAGGAACUCACGAAGCUAUUUCUCGAGAAUCUGCGCCCGCCAGGGCUCGGACGGCACACGAAGCUCAACACGGAAGGCUUGCCCCCUCUUUGCUGGGCAGCGCGCCACAACGCUGUCGAUGUCAUGCGAUAUCUCCUGGAUCGCGGAGAGGACGUUAAUCAACAAAGCCUCACGGGGAUGAGUCCACUACAUUACUCAGCAAAAUGGGGCUGUGAAAAGACAUGUGCCCUUCUACUUAAGCAGAAGAAAAUUAAAAUAAACCAGAAAGAUCGCGACGACGCUACGGCCAUUCAUCAUGCUGCAAUUGGGAGGUCGGUAAAGGUGCUCAAUCGACUGCUACUAGAUCCGAAUUUGGAUUGUGGAAGCCGAGACAAGCAUGGAACCACGGCGAUCUGGUGGGCGACCCGGAUUGAUUGUGUUUCCUUCGUAAAGCGGCUACUGGCCGAAAGUGGGGCAAGAGAUCUUGCCUUAACAGAAAUCGGUCGUGAUCCGGUCACGACCCAAGAAUCAAGCGUACUUCACAAUGCCGUCCUGCAUGGCAAUAUCCAGGUCGUGCAAUGGCUACUGGCGGAGCGCAUCAAUCCAAACGUAAUUGCGAAUGGCCGAACCCCCUUCUGCUUAGCGGUAGAGUAUGGACAUGUCAAGAUCGUCAAGUACCUUCUCACGGAUGACUCGAUUGAUAUCAACGAAUGCACGAGCUUCGCACUGUCGCCACUCAGUGUUGCCCUCGAAAGUGGGAAUUUGAAAAUGGCGCGGUUGCUCUUGACACAAAGAAGUCGUCUAGAUUUUGAGCAGCAGCUUGGUACCAAUAUAAGCAGAAAUUCUAUGGUCGGCUUCACGCGGGCUAACGGAAAGCUAGAGAUUGGUACAAGGCGGGCUGAUGGAAAAUUGGAUGUCAUUAAGGCACCAUCCAUAGGGUGGUAG